AUGCUACAGAAACUACGACUCAAGACGGGCAAGCUGCUUAGCAGACUGGCCUUCUUACAACGGUGUCGAGAUAAAGAAGUGUUGCCGAAAUUUGCCAACUUGCGGCACUCUGUUAGCACGACAAGAUCCAGACGCAUACUACAACGAGCCGGUGCGGCCCUGGUGCGCGAACACAUACGGGUCACCAGGCAGGAGUUAGAUAAGAACGCAAGGAUGCUGCUUACUCAACACCUUCGAUUGGCAUCCUAUCUCCCACCACACACAUGGGAGUGGCUCGACGGAAACACAUAUGCAAGCAGUGAGAUCCACAAGAGAAAAGCCACGGAAAAACAAUGUGGCAAGUUCACCAGACUGUAUGGAGCCCGGCAACAUGCCGACCACACAACCAAUGCCAAGACUGUCAUCAAUCUGGCAGGCAAAGAACUGGACGAGACCACAAUAUCAGUGCUGUCGAGAGGACUUAACUUUGCUCCAGUACCCAGGACACUACCUAAGCGAGACAUUAUCAGCAGCAUCGAGCAAGCCGUGCACGGCCUCCCUACGGAGGCAGCUGAGGAAGUUAGGAGAGAGACGUGCAGGGUCCUGGAGAAGGCAAAAAUGCCCAAGAACAACAUAACGUCUGCUGAAUGGAAGGCUCUUAAGGCCCUACGACAGUUGACUGUAGUAAUCUCACUUGAAUAG